CCCUUCCGUGCUUCAUUCCCCAGCCUAGAUCCCCCCUCGUGCAUCACUCAGAGUAUUGAAUUUGUUACCCCGCAGCUGAGGAGUUUCAGGUAAAUAACAAGAGACCCACAUGGAUCGGGGCAGCCCUUCAGAAUCUCACUGGCUGAGCGAGAUGGAAAAAAGUAAAGGAAGACAAGGGGAAAAAAGAAAGAUGAAUCAAAAAAAUGGUAACAAGAAGAUAAGAGCGAGAACUAACACAUCCAGACUUCCAGACCUGACGAAGAUGAAUGUUGCGUCAGUUACAAGGCAGAAGCCAGAAUGUGAAUUGAAGGAAAACUGCUCAGAAACAGACUUCCGUAAAGAUGAGAGAAUGAAAAGAUACUCAAACAUCUUUGCUCAAAACACAGAUGUUUUUCAAGAGGUCAGAGAUAAGAAACAACUAGUUGUUCGUUGUGGAAAUAUGUCAGGUUCUCUUCACAGAGUAAAGUAUGACACUGGAGAGAAGUGUAUUUCAUGUAAAGGGAAGUGGUAUAGUCCCCGUGAGUUUGAGGUGAUUGGAGGCAAGGGGAGUCACAAGAGGUGGAGGUUUAAUAUCUAUUACAGGCCAUCAAAAGGCUUUCAACAAGUGCAACUACUGAAACUCAUAAAGAGCGGGGUUCUUCCAGAGUUCGGACACCUGAGGAAGUCCUUUAGACGGGUGACGCAGAAAGAUAAAAGGCGUGCAAACUCUGUGCAAAAUCUGACGAGGAAAAAUGAAUUGAUGCAUGCCUUAAAAGGUUUUCCAGAGUCCUGGAAAAGAUUGUUUGCCAAGACUGUUUCAAUACCUGUGUGUGGAAUUAAAAAGGACACACUGCAGAGGGAAACAAUCCGGCCGGACAGUUCUUCAGAUGAAUCCGAAUCUGUUGCCGGAAGAGUCAAACUGAACAGGAGAGAAUCUGUGGUGCCAGCUGAAACCUUCAGUAAAAAUACCACAGAUUCAGUUGGAUCUACGGCCAGUGAUAAGGGUUAGUGAG